UUGAUUCAUCCUUCGUGCUGCAUGUAUUAACAAUUCAUAUUCGGUAUAUCAUUCUGAAGGUUGAAAACUGUUUUCCACAAACACAUUCAAUGUCAAAAUGUACAUGAAUGUAUAUAAAUGUAUGAGGCUGUGAAUGUUUCUGUACAGUGGACACCGGGGGCCCCGACUGGCCUCAGAUCAGACACAGAACUAACUUUAUAUUUGUCCUUUUCCAAACGAACCCCACAUGGGCCUUGGAGAUGUAAUCUGACCCCCGGGAGGAGAGAGCGAGCGGAACUACCCGCCUCUGCCUCUAGGGGGGGCCCUCGGCCCUCGUGCGCGCGCUCCCGCUUCACCACUCCGAGUUGUCCGUGGUGCGCGCGGGCGCAGGGGCCACUUCGGGACCUGCAGCAGUGGAGGAGCCGCGCGGCUCUCGACGUCUGUUGCGGACCGAGCUCCGGGGGAAACGAACCCCUUCAUGCUCCUGACCCGGGUCGGUCGCUGUCUGUCCGCGGGCCCGGCUGCCGCCCCACAGAGCCACGACAGAGGACACCCAGCGGGAGGAGAAGCUCCGUCGGUCCGUGAGGUUUCCCCCCGCCGCCAUGGCCCCGCUCCUGGGGAGUCUGCUGUGGAUGCUGCUCCUGCUGCCGGAGCCCAGAUGUGCCGCUGAUCCAGGUCCGUCGGCGGAUGCAGAUGGUCUGGCUGAAGCUCAGAGUGGAGCUGCACCUACCGCUGAAGGUUAUUUCCUGGAGUUCCAGGAGCAAGUCAACAACAUCACCCACUUCCAGGGCCAGACAGCCACACUGCACUGCAGAGUGACCGGAAACCCACGUCCCUCCAUCCGCUGGUUGAAGAACGACGCCCCAGUGGUCCAAGAGCAGGGACGAAUAACCAUCCGCAAGACCGAGGCUGGAUCCAAGCUCCGCAUCCAGGACCUGGACACGACGGACACGGGCUAUUAUCAGUGUGUCGCCUCCAACUCCCUCAAGGUCAUCUCUGCCACAGGUGUCCUGUAUGUCAAACUAGGACAGAUGCCCACACACAGCCCUGAUGAACCGUCACGUGAAAAAGGUUUCUGCCAACCGUACCGAGGCAUCGCCUGCGCACGCUUCAUCGGUAACCAGAGCAUCUAUGUUGAGUCCUUGCAGAUGCAGGGGGAGAGUGAAAACCGCAUCACCGCUGCUUUCACUAUGAUCGGCACCUCCACCCACCUAUCGGACCAGUGCUCCAGCUUUGCCAUCCCGUCCUUCUGCUACUACGUCUUCCCUCUGUGUGACGAGGGCUCCCGGGCCCCUCGGCGCCGCCAGCUCUGUCGGGAUGAGUGCGAGGCCCUGGAGAACGACCUGUGCCACGCGGAGUACACCAUCGCCCGAUCCAAUCCCAUGAUCCUCAUGCAGCUGAAGCUCCCCAGCUGCAACCUGCUGCCGCGGCCAGGCACCCUGGAGGCUGCGUCCUGCAUGAGGAUAGGAGUGCCGCCAGAGAAACUAGGUCCAUAUUCCCCCUCAGAACACAUCUGCUUCAAUGGAAGCGGCGACGACUACAGGGGCACCGUCAGCAUCACUAAGUCUGGCCACCACUGCCAGCCGUGGAGCUCUCAGUACCCUCACAGUCACCAUCUGUCCCAGGAAUACCCCGAGCUCUGGGGAAGUCACAACUUCUGUCGGAACCCAGGAGGCCAGAUGCAGGCCCCCUGGUGCUUCACCCUGGACCCCCAGGUCAGGGUGGACCUGUGUGACAUCCAGUCCUGCAACCCUCCAGAGAACCCCCGGAAGGAGAUCCUGUUCAUUUUAAUUCCUGCUAUUGCCAUCCCGUUGGUCAUCGCUUGCCUCUUCUUCCUGGUGUGCAUGUGUCGCAAUAAGCAAAAGACUUCGACUGACACACCACCUCGCUGCCAGCUCAGCAGCUCGCCCAGCCAGGACAUGGAGCUGUCGCACCUCAAUCAGCAAAAACACCAGGCCAAGCUGCGGGAGAUGAACAUGUCGGCAGUGCGGUUCAUGGAGGAGCUUGGGGAGGAUCGGUUCGGCAAGGUUUACAAGGGCCAGCUGUACGGCACCGCACCCGGCGAGCAGACCCAGGUGGUGGCCAUCAAGACAUUGAAAGACAAGGUGGACGCCUCGCUCUGUGAGGAGUUUCGCCACGAAGCCAUGCUCCGCGUUCACGUGCAGCACCAGAAUAUCGUUUGUCUGCUGGGUGUGGUCACCAAAGAGCAGCCAAUGAGCAUGAUAUUCACCUACUCCAGCCUCGGUGACCUGCACGAGUAUCUGGUGAUGCGCUCCCCCAACUCAGACAUUGGCAGCUCAGAUGAUGGCAAGACAGUCAAGUCCACACUGGAGCAGGCUGAUUUUCUUCAUGUGAUCACCCAGAUUGCUGCUGGAAUGGAGUACCUCUCCAGUCAGCAGGUGACCCAUAAAGACCUUGCUGCCCGCAACAUUCUAGUCUUUGACAAACUCAGCAUCAAGAUCCUGGAUCUGGGCCUGUUCAGAGAUGUCUACUCGGCUGAUUACUACAAUCUCAUGGGCACAAGCCUUUUCCCUAUUCGUUGGAUGUCCCCAGAGGCGAUCAUGUACGGCAAGUUCUCCACCGACUCUGACAUCUGGUCUUACGGUGUGUUGCUGUGGGAGACUUACAGUUAUGGUCUGCAGCCAUAUUGUGGCUACUCCAAUCAAGACGUGAUCGAGAUGGUCCGCAACCACCAGCUACUGCCUUGUCCAGAUGACUGCCCGUCCUGGAUUUACACUCUUAUGCUGGAGUGUUGGAGUGAAUUCCCAGCGAGAAGGCCUCGCUUCAAGGACAUCCACACACGCCUGCGCUCCUGGGAGAGUCUAUCCAACUAUAACAGCUCUGCUCAGACCUCCGGCACCAGCAACACGACCCAGACCAGCUCUCUCAGCACCAGCCCUGUUAGCAACAUCAGCAUGAGCACAGCGAAUGCAUCACGCUACACCAGCCCUAAAAAGAGCUCGCCGUUCCAUCAGCCCCAGUUCAUGCCCAUGAAGGGUCAGAUGCAUCGGCCAAUGGGGCCCCCACAGCUCUACAUUCCCGUCAAUGGAUAUCACCCCAUGUCAGCUUACCCUUACCUGCAGAACUUUUACCCCAUGCAAAUACCCAUGGCCAUGCCCCACCAGCAGAUACACCACCCACCACAGAUGGUUACCAAAGCUGGUUCUCACCAUAGUGGCAGUGGAUCCACAUCUACAGGCUACGUCACCACUGCCCCUUCCAACAAUUCUGCGACAGAGCGAGCAGCUUUAUUAAAUGACAACUCCAAGACCAAUGAUGAGGACUUGGCCGACCGGGCAUCUCAGGGAGAGCUGGAGCAAAAUGAAGACUUGUCAGUGCCUGAAACAGAAUUGCUCGGCGAUAAUGACCCUCCACAGACUGACGAAUUGGUGGUCCACUUGUCAGACACAUAAGUGUGAUGCUGUGUGAAGGGACGGUAAAGCUCAAAUGUUCUGUGAGCUGUGCUUGCUCGGCAGACAAUUCAAUGAGCAGCACAAAGUAAAAGGAGACAUUUUUGCAGAACUGUGACUGAAUGUUAUGACGAGUUUCUUCGACAGUACUGACACAUUUGAACGUCAAGUGUGUCUUGUGUUUGUGCCUCUUACGUGCCUGCGUCAAAGAUUAUCCCAGUUCGAUGCCACAACACCCACCCUCCCCCCUGAAAUCCCCCCACACCCUCCUUUACAGACUGCCCUAUCUACCAGUAUGAAGGUGCUAACCCCUCACCCUCUUCCCGCCCUCUCACAAUGCCAGUUGUGUUUAUUUGACUGUACAACCGAGCCAGGGGUAUUGCUACCGGAACCCAGAAAUGAACCCGGGUUUCUGUGGUAGUAGACAGGGGCUUUGCUUGUGUGCACCCCUUAAUAACAAUUUCAUGUUGCUUUUAAGGUUAUUAUUUUGUGGUUUGUGAAAGCCACAGCCAUAGAUGUAUGUAUGAUGUCCUAAAAUAUUGUUGGAGUUUUGAAAGUUACUUAGUUAUUAAUGAAGUUCUUUGAGCUGUAUUUUGUAACUUACCUCCAUCACACAAAGUCUCUCGUUUGAGGCCGUUGACAAAGGUUUUUAUUCUACAUGAUAUAUUUCCCAUGAAACUGAUGUUUGAUAACCAAGUUGUACAGAUUUGUAAUUUAUGUACUUUGGUUUGAACAGUUUUUUAUUAUUAUAUAGUUUUCCUUUACUGGUGAAGAUUGCUAAGUCAAGUGUUAGAUCAAUGCCCUUUCCACAACAUUUGCUUUGUUAAAGCAGAUGUUUUCCUUCCCUUGAUUGUGCACAUCCAUCUGUGGCGUAUUCAAUCAAUUCAUAUGAAGAAAAUGGUGUAUUUCCCUUCGGUAAGAUAAGAAAAUAAUGUACUAUCACUUGUUGAUUAUGUUUUUUGAUUGUACUGUCAAGUUACAAUAGGGCAAAAAUAUACUUUGUAUUGAAAAAUAAAUUUAAUGCUGAUACUAAUAAAAUAAUCUAAGGGAUUAAA